UGGCUGGAGGGCGUUAUGGGCCGUGGGGGGGCCGUGGGGCAGGGGUGGAGCAGCAGGCCCAAGGGGGCUGUGGAACCCGGAGUAGGCGUGGGGGCUGUCCGUGGGGCUGAGGGCAGUGAGGAGGAGCAGCGAGGCUGGCUGAAGAGAGGGUGGCCCUGGCAUGACCCCCCACUCCCCCUCCCUCCCCUCCAGCCAUGGAGCCCAGUGGGGGGGGGGCGGAAGGAGAGGCCGAAGCCCCGGGAGCCAGCGGCUCGCCUGGAGAAGGCCAAGCAGAAAUCAGCUCAGCAGGAGCUGAAGCAGAGGCAGCGGGCAGAGAUCUACGCCCUCAACCGAGUGAUGACAGAGCUGGAGCAGCAGCAGUUUGAUUCCUUCUGCAAGCAGAUGCAGGCCUCCGGCGAGUGAGGCAGCAUGUGCAGCCCCCCCAGACAACCCCAGACCCCCCCAUCUGCUGCCCAUUCCCUUUUCUAAACUCUUUGUUAUUUAUUAUCAAAUAACUGCUUUUUUUUUUUUUUUUUCUAAAUAAAAUCUGUGAUGGUUC